GAUUGACCCUCGCUCCCAGUGACCCUACUCUCCGCGAUACACGUACUCCAUAAGGCCAGAGAUUCACUCGUCGACGGGCAGUCUUUGAAGGCAUGCGAUCGCUGCAGCCGACGUUCUCACGACUUUUUUACUCGGUUACACUUUUUUUUUUCUCAACCUUACAAUCGCACAACGCUCGUUCGGUAAUUUUCACUCGAGCCAAGCCGUCGUUUUCCGUUUCUGCGAGAGGGACAUGGCCAGGGAAGCGCUCGUGGUUUUCGCGAGCACGUUGCUGCUGCUGAUACUGUCGUGCCAGUCUGCGCGAAGCGAAGAUGAAGCUCCAGCGGCAACUUCCACGUCGGCCCAGAUCGCCCAAGGCGAGAAGCGACUCGGCGACCAGAUCCGAGCCAUCCUGAAGCACUACCAGCAACCGGACCCCAUAGGUCUUCCAGGUGCGCCCAUACCCGACCCCAUGGACGUGCCCAACAUGAAGCAGUCCUUCUCGAUGUUCACCAUGAACCUCAACAGCAUCAAGGUCUACGGGUUGAGCAAAUUCCGCAUCGAGCACAUCAGGUCGGAGCUGGCUCUGAUGCAGGUCUCCGUUGGUCUGGACAUCGAGAACCUCGACAUCAAGGGGCUGUACACGCUGAGCUCCUGGAUUUCCAGUUCGGCGGGUGACUUCACGGUCAAGCUUCUCGGCGUCAAGGUCGAAGGUCUGGCAAAGCUCGAGGUUGGCAACGACGGCAAGCUUCACGCGCAGGACAUCGUCAUGGACCUGACCUUCGAGAACAUCGACCUGGACUUCAAGAACCUGGGAUUCUUCGCCUCGCUCUUCCAGGGCGUCAUCAACUCCGUAGGCUCCUUCGUCUUCGACAGCGUCAAGCCCUACAUUCUUCAGGAGGUCAACACCAACGUCAGGGGCGAAGUGAACAAGCACAUCUCCACGCUGCCCAACUACUUCCCGAACUCGAUCUCACCCUUCGACAUGGCCGUGGCCGAGGCUCGCAAGCAGGUAUCCGACAUGGGCUACGACCCGUUCAAGGUCAAGGACUACAGCCAGUCCAUGGGUAUGUUCACCGUCACGUCCUCGCACACCUGGCUCACCGGACUGGCGAGCUUCUACCGCAUGGGCAACAUCACCCUCAGCAUGGAGAACGGAAUCGUGUACGCCGUGAUGGACAUAGGCACGCAGGAGAUCGAGGGCCGGACUCACUGGGACGUCAGCGUGAUUGGAGGAGUUUUAUCGAGGGCUGGAACCGUAUCCUUUACCGUCGAGUACUUCCGAGUCCAGCUGAACCUCAGCCAGCCGCUCGACACGCGAAAACGCGCCACCCUGGAGGAACUCGACUUCGAGCUCGGCAACAUACAGACGCGAAUUCACGGAGCCGGCACCAUAGACUAUCUCGUCGAGGCCGGGGUCAAUAUUCUCCCGAAUCUCCUCAGGAAUCAAAUAAUGGACGCCCUGGAGGGUCCUAUCCGCAGACGCAUUCAAGACGAGCUGGAUAAGGUAAACGUGGAGAAAUUGAUUCACGAGAAAAUCCCGGAUAUCGAGGAGCGCGCAAAGAUGCUUCAGGGACCACCGCUUGAGGAGCUGGAGGAUGACAUCGUUCUGGAGGAGGUGACGCCGCCCCCUGAACCCGACAACGAGGAGCCCUUCUCCGAGAGCGAAGAAGAGCGCGGCCAAUCUUGAGUGUAUAUAUGUACCUACAUCGUCAAAGAGAGACUCGUUUUGCUUCUCUCUGAGUUUCAGAGUAACUUAUUUAUUGCGCUGACAGGGGCAAGCGUGUGCGUCUGUGUGCAUGCAGUCGUUGAAGAUUGUAUCGCGAAAUUACUUUUGUAAAUCGGGCCGUCGGCGUGCGUCCCGAGAAUAAAUAUUUGUGAAAAAAAAAAAAAAAUUGUAAACAGAGAA